AUGCAAUUUUCUACCGUCCUUCUCUCAAUCGCCUCUCUCGUCGGACUGGUCUCCGCUGUCGAUAACCGGUUGUUAUUCCAGGUUCCAGCAGGAGAGACCACCACUUCUUUCCAGCCCAAGUUUGAGGCCCAAUGCCAGACGUGGCCCGAUGCCGCCAACCUGACUUUUCAAACGUUGUACUACCAGCCUGGGGACUUUUCAGGCCAGAACGCAAACACCGAGGUCAAACUCAUCUGUUCUUACCACGAUGAGGCCGGAACGACGAUUACUUUCACAAAAGAGGUGGCUACGAGCCUCGGCGCCACCCCUCUCUAA